AUGCGGAUCCAUAUCGGCAGGUCCAUUGGUAUGCUUCAAGGCUGGAUGCUCGCAUGCGACCGUUGGAAAGAGCAAAUACAAAAUACCUCAGCGGCAGCUCCUUUACUACAGGAAAUAUCUGAGAACGAAACCAUCCUAACCGGACUACUGAACAACUGCUCUACAAAAGGUGUGGAGCUGGGUUCUUUCCAAGGGAAUCUUGAGACAGGUUGGACUGAAUUCUCGGAUCGACCUUGGGAGCAACGUGAGAAGUUUUUGGGAGAUAAACAGAAAGGAGUUGAUGAACUGAUUUCCGAUUGGAAAGAGGAAGUCGGUCAGGCUCUUGAAAAUGCUGGCUUUAACACCUCAGAGACAGAUGAGUCUAGCAGACCAGGGGCGAACGAGUCUGGGGUACCAGAAGUAGAUGAGCCUGGUGAACAGUCGGAUGUAUAG